AGAGAGAGAGAGAGAGAGAAAGAGAAGGGAGGGAGGGAGAGAGAGAGAGACCCACCACCCUUUGGCCCUGGAGAGACCAAAGAUGGUCGAAGAGAGAAAACUCUGAGAUCAUCAUCAUCAUCAUCAUCUGCGAAAACGAAACCAGGGCAGUUUAAAGGAGAAAUCAAUAUCGAUUUUAUUGUUUAUUUUUUCUAAUUCUUUGUAAAAAAGAAGGAUCUUCAUCAUAUUCUUCUCUUUUUUUUUGCUGCCUUUUGAUUUCUCAAACACCCACCAACAUUCCCUUCGUCCCACUAUUGUCUAUUGUUUCAUCGUUUUCUCCAGAAUCUCCAUUGGCAUGAUAAGGAAUUUCUUCUUUCUGGUUUUGAGGGAUAACCAGAAGAAGAGAACCACGGGCUGUUGAUCCCAAGAAUGAACAUUUCGAUCAAAAGGGUUUUGUGAAAUUAAUUUGCAAAACUCGAAAAAUGAGGGACCCUGAAACGAUCGCCAACACCGCUUGCCAAGGAUCUGCAGUUGUCUGUAUUAUGAUCUCGUGUCUAUAGACUUGUAUAGGCACAUACACACACACACACAUAUACGGAUAUAGAAGAGAAAAGUUUGUUGUUUGGUUCAUAAUUUUUUGUUGUAGAAAGGGGGGUUGGUUUUUUUCCCAUUGCUAUUAGGAAAACCUGGCUAUUUCGUAUAGCUUUGUGGUUUGUGUUGGGCCACAUUGCCAUUGUUGUUGUAUUGCUGACCCAAAAUGGGAUGCAAAUGGAGUCCGAUCGGAUUCCAGUUCUCUUGCUUCAUGUUCUUGAUCAUUGCCCUUCAAACUCGCUCCUCCUUGUCAAUUGACUCAGAAGGAUUCACAUUGUUGAAAUUCCGGGCAAGAGUCGACUCAGAUCCUCAUGGAACUCUUGCCAAUUGGGAUUCUGGUUUUGACAAGCUGUGCUCGUGGUCAGGUGUAACUUGUGUGGACGGUAAAGUGCAAAUCUUGAACCUUACGGGGUGUUCUUUGAAAGGAACAUUAGCACCUGAGCUUAGUCGGCUUAGUGAUCUAAGAUCUCUAAUACUAUCCAAGAACCAUCUCUCUGGUUACAUUCCAAAGGAGUUUGGGGCUUUCGCAAAGUUGGAAAUCUUGGAUUUACAAGAUAAUGAAUUGAGUGGACAGAUUCCGGCCGAGAUAAGCAAUGUGUUAUCGCUGAAACACUUGUUGCUUUCUGGUAACAAAUUUGAGGGUAAAAGAACGAUAAAGCUCUCGGGACUUCACUCGCUGUCUGAAGUCCAGUUUAACAAGAGUGUAGAGCCUUCUCCUGCUGUUGUGUUUGGCUGUGCAAAUAGAAAACUUGGGCAUUGUUUUUUGAGGAGCAGCUUCAUACGACUAAACAAGGCGGAAGAUUUCAUAUUUCAUAUUAAAACAGCUUCCAGACGUUAUAUCAAUGCAUUCCCUUUCAAAAUGUUCCAUAGGGAAUCUCCUGUUGAUCACGGGCAGAAUUUCGUCGCUAAUCUCCCUAGUGAUUUGGAGGAAACUGAUGUUUCCAAACGACGCCAUUUACUCGAGGACACGAGUAAUUUGGCUGCUGCUCCUGCUCCAUCCGCCACCGGCCCUUCUCCCGGGAUUGCUCCCGAGGUGUUCUCGCGCAGCAGCGGAUCUUUCCCUGCAGUCCCGAACGCAAAGAAGAGAACACCUCCUUCGAUCCCUCCCCCGUCUUCUCAUGACGAGGACAGUAAAAUGCCGAAUGCAAAGCCUGAUUCCUCCUCCAACCCAUCACAGGACGAGAAGAAAUCUAAAAAUAUAUGGUUGUAUGUGAUUAUAGUUCUUGCUGGUUUCGUAGCCUUGCUGAUUAUAAUAGCGGUUAUACUUUUCUGUCGGAAAAGAGCUCACAAGACUAUCGGUCCAUGGAAGACCGGUUUGAGUGGACAGUUGCAGAAAGCCUUCAUUACCGGGGUGCCAAAGCUUAACCGGUCUGAAUUAGAGACAGCGUGUGAAGAUUUCAGCAACAUCAUAGAGGCUUUCGAUGGUUACACUGUCUACAAAGGGACAUUGUCCAGUGGCGUUGAGAUAGCCGUUGCUUCAACCGCGAUUUCCGCCUCCAAAGAAUGGACGCGAGCCAUGGAAAUGGCAUUCCGCAGAAAGAUUGACACCCUAUCACGGAUCAACCACAAGAACUUUGUGAAUCUCAUUGGAUUCUGCGAGGAGGAUGAGCCGUUCAACAGGAUGAUGGUCUUUGAAUAUGCUCCCAAUGGAAAUCUCUACGAACAUUUACACGUUGAGGAGAUGGAACAUCUCGAUUGGAAUGCCCGGAUGAGAAUCACGAUGGGAACGGCUUACUGUCUUCAGUACAUGCACGAACUGAACCCACCUGUCGUUCAGUCUAACCUAAGUUCAUCCUCUAUCUACCUGACGGAUGACUAUGCAGCCAAGGUUGCAGAGGUUCCAUUCAACUCCGAAACAGGAUUGAAGCCUGGAAAAGCAGUGAGUGGUGACUUGGACCAAUCUCUAUUGCCAUUACCUCCUGAACCAGAGAACAAUGUCUACAACUUUGGAGUGUUGAUGCUCGAGAUUAUCUCUGGGAAAGUCUCCUAUUCUGACGAAGGAGGAUCGAUCGAGCAAUGGGCAUCAAAGUAUCUGGAAAGCGAAAACUUGGGAGACAUGGUUGAUCCGUCGCUGAAGAGCUUCAAAGAAGAGGAGCUGGAGAUCGUCUGUUACGUGGUCCGGCAAUGCCUGAGACCAGACCCGAUGUCUCGGCCGACGAUGAAGGAAGUGGCCGAGCAGCUGAAGCAAGUGAUCAAUAUCUCUCCCGACCAAGCCACUCCAAGGCUGUCCCCUCUCUGGUGGGCCGAGCUCGAGAUCUUGUCCUCCGAAGCAACUUGACCGCUCUCUCCCUCUCUCUCUCCAUGAAACACGCCGCAAGAAUCAGAGGGUUUUCUUCUUCUUGUUCUUGCUCUUGUUUUCAGUAUUUUCUGGUUCUUGAUUCGGUUUUCUCUCGUACGGUCUGGAUCUGUGUCUUGUCUUCGUUGGUUUUCUCGGAGUGCGUGUUAGUCAAAGUCGGGUACAGUGCGAGAGAGUUCGGUGUAUGUAUUUGUAUAAUGUAUACUUCACGCGUAUAUUUAAUGUAUUUUGUGAUGAAUAUGUGUUGUAAUUUGCACUAUUAACAGUCGACUUUUUUUUGUUGUA